AUGUCCAGGAAAUAUUCUCAAAAAUUUAAAAAUUUAUUUAAUUUUAGUCGAAUAUUUGCUCGUCUAUGCGGUUGUGACGUAAUAAAGGUAAAUUAUAAAAUGGAUUGGAAAACGUUGGCAGUUUUCAUACUCAUGAACAUGGCACUCGGAAGUCUCUUCUAUAGCAAUUAUGUCGAAGUAAUUGUCAAGGGAGAUGUGUAUAAUCUUUUGAAAACUACCUCGGUGGUAGGAACUGGAGUACAGGGUUAUGCAAAAUUUAUAAAUGCUAUUAAACAAAAAAAUAACUUUCGUUUUGUAUACAAUGAAAUCUUGAGCAUGUACGAAACAUGCGAAUUGAAAUCUCAUGCUUAUACAAAAUGGUUAGCUUAUAAUUUGGCCUUGGUUAAAAAACUUCUAUUAAUUACAUUCCUUAUUGUCCUAAUGGCUAGUGUGGGUGUAACUAUUGUUCCCCUUUAUAUGUUAAUAUUCAUGAAUAAACGUGUCGAUGUUAUGCCAUUCGCUUGGCCAUUCAUUGAUGGCUCUACAGAUUUGGGUUUUUAUGUCACACUUGUUGGUCACAUAAGUUGUGUAAUAUUUGGUGGUUAUGGUAAUUUUGCUAACGAUUCAUGGCUGUUCAUAUUCGCUUCACAUGUUACACUAAUGAAGAAUAUUUUAAAAUGUAAAUUUGAUGAUUUGGAUGAAACUUUAAAUGAAUUUCCAAGAGAUCCUACUAAAUCAAGAGAACCAUUAUGUGAUAUUUUCAAAUGGCAUCAGAAAUAUUUAAUUUUCUGCAACACAGUUAAGGAAACAUUUUUCUGGGUCAUCUUUGUACAAAUUGGCUUUGAAUUUUUGGGUAUUAUUUGUACAAUUGUUUGCAUGUUUCUCGAUAUAUGGCCACCGGCACCAGCCUAUUUAAUCUAUUUAUAUUCUCUUCUGAUUUCUUAUUGUUCUCUGGGCAAUUUAGUUGAAUUAUCGAACGAUGAUGUCAUUGAAAUGAUCUAUAAUUCUUGUUGGUAUAAUUUAACUGUUUCAGAACAAAAAAUGAUUUUAAUCAUGUUACGUGAGUCUCAAAAAUCUGAAGGUAUUUCGAUUGGCGGUGUGGCUCCCUUGUCGAUGAAUACAGCUUUACAAAUUACAAAAACCGUUUAUACUAUGACAAUGAUGCUAAAAGAGUCAUUGAAUUAA